AUGACUCCCUCAAACAACAUCGCCUACACCGCGCCCAUCAACCCCCCCUCCACCUCCCCGAAACUCACUCUCCCACAGAUCUGGCAAGGUCUCGAGCUGAAGAUCCGCGCGGGACAGGACUUUGUCGGCGGCGCCCUGCUCUCCACGGACGUCAUUUCCGAAUCAAAAGACGACCACGGUCGGCCCGUCACGGUGCGCGAGGUGGUCUUUCGAGACGGCAACCGCAGAGUAAGGGAGACGUGCGUGGCCUUUGAGGCGAUGAAGGUGGAAUUCCACCAACCGGACGGCUCCACGGUCCAGAAUGUCAUCUCGCAAGGGCAGGGCGCGGAGGGCGAGGAUCUCUACAUGACCUACACGUUUGAGUGGCUGCAUCCGGAAUGUGAGGGCGAUGCCAAGGCGCUGGACGAAAAGAGGCAGAAAGAGACAAAGAUUGCAAAGAUGGCGGUCGAAGAAACCAUAAGGGUCAUGAGAGAGAUGGUCAAAGACGGCAGGAUCAAGUAG